AUGCGUUACAGUUUUACUUGCCUUCUUAUUCCUUGUUAGGAUUCUUUUGGAGAUUCAUCAUGUCUUUGUGCGAAGACAUGUUGCUUUGCAAUUACCGGAAGUGUCGUAUCAAGCUCUCGGGUUAUGCUUGGGUCACUGCCUGCUCUCACAUAUUCUGUGAUCAGCAUGGCAGUGGUGAGUUCAGUCGUUCACCAGCCAUCUGCCCUGCUUGCAACAGUACCCUUUCGGGAAAGCUAGAUAUUGUCCGAACAGAACUCAGCCCAUCAGAGGAGUACAAAGCUAUGGUGUUGGCAGGGCUUCGACCAGAGGUUGUUUUGGACAUUAGCUCCCGAGCAUUGGCCUUCUGGACAUACCAGGUACACCAGGAACGUCUCUAUCAAGAGUAUAAUUUCAGCAAGGCCGAGAACCACUUAAAACAGAUGGAGAAGAUAUACACACAGCAAAUACAGAGCAAGGAUGUAGAGUUGACCUCUAUGAAAGGGGAGGUUACCUCCAUGAAGAAAGUUCUAGAAGAAUACAAGAAAAAGUUUAGUGAUAUCUCUGAAAAACUUAUGGAGCGCAACCGCCAGUACCAAAAGCUCCAAGGCCUUUAUGAUAGCCUUAGGCUAAGAAAUAUCUCUAUUGCUAGCCAAGAAGGCUCCCUGGAGCCAGCUAUGAUCCCACAGUCUGGAGUCUUUGGCUUCCCAUCAGGGAAUAAUAACUCGAAGUUUUCUUUGGACCGUACACCAGGUGGAAAUCAAGGCGGUGGAGAUGAAGAUGUUCAGUUCCGACCAUUUUUUGCGUGUUCUCCCACAGCACCUGAACCCAUUAACAACUUCUUUAGUUUUGCAUCUCAAAGCCAUGAAGCAGAGCAGCAAGUCUGCAGCAGGGCCUUUAAAGCAAAAAGAAUUUAGCAGAGUUUCCAUUUCUGCAUCCCUGAGUUCUCUUCACAUUUUGACCUUAGAAGAAGUUGGCUUGCAGUAGGGUGUGUGGUUUCCUGUUUGGUUUCUUCUGUUUGCUUAGGGCAUGGGCAUUUCAUGAAUCUCAGUCUCUAUGUUUGACAUUGCUCACACAGUCAGACUGUUGCACAGAUCCUGUUUCAGACCAAUCUGUGUUCAUGCUCAUGUAAACACCAGUGUUACAUUUACAUGGAGCUUUGGAUUCAUUCUAGCACGUAUAUGUUAAGUGUGUGCAUUGAUUUUUCUCUGCUAGUAUAUUUCUGUAAAAAUUAUGGUCUUGGAAAAUGAUGGUCUUGGAAAAUGGUGGCUUGCUAUUACCAUGUAUUUUACAGUCAUGUAUUUUCAUUUGUGUUACUUUGUUUUGGAGGUGUGCUUAUGCCAGUAAGUGAAAGUGCAA